UUUUGCUAAAGGGGUCCUGACUGAACCCGGAAAACUUCUCACAUGUACAUUCACCGGUUGCUAAGCGAAGUUAUUACUCUUCUCGCUAUUGUAGACAAUAGUUUUGCGUUUAGACACUUCUAAAACGGAUAUACGGAGAUGAAAGUGGUUGCACUGAUAAGUGGAGGCAAGGACAGCUGCUACAACAUGAUGCAGUGUGUUGCUGCUGGACACCAAAUUGUUGCUCUGGCCAACCUGCGUCCAGCUCAAACAGAUGAGCUGGACAGCUACAUGUACCAGACGGUGGGCCACCAGGGCAUAGAGCUGUACGCUGAUGCUAUGGACCUGCCUCUUUAUAGACACAUCAUCCAGGGUUCCAGUCUGGACACCAGCAGAGACUACAGCAAAACAGAGGGAGAUGAGGUGGAGGACCUCCAUCAGCUGCUGCACUUGGUCAAGGAAAAGGAGGGUGUGGAAGGAGUGUCUGUGGGGGCCAUUCUGUCCGAUUAUCAGAGGGUCCGUGUGGAGAACGUGUGCAUGCGGCUUGGUUUGCAGCCCUUGGCCUACCUGUGGCGUAGAGACCAAGAGCUGCUCCUCCAUGAGAUGAUUUCAUCGAACCUGCAUGCUAUCCUCAUCAAAGUUGCUGCUUUUGGCCUGGACCCAGAAAAGCACUUAGGAAAAUCCUUGGCUGAUAUGAAGCCCCAUCUGAAACAGCUUUCCACUAAGUAUGGUGUUCAUAUCUGUGGAGAAGGAGGUGAAUAUGAAACCUUCACUCUUGAUUGUCCCCUCUUCAAAAAGAAGAUUGUCAUUGAUGCAGCUGAGACAGUGAUCCACUCGGCUGAUGCUUUUGCACCGGUCGGCUACCUACGUUUCACCAAAAUGCACACAGAGGACAAACAUGGAGAUGUGGUGACGAGAGCUUUGCCCCAUGGUAGUUGUCCUUGCCAGAGCGCCAUUGACAAGAUGACUGCGGAGCUGGAAUAUGCUGAUCAAGCUGAAGACAACCAGCACGAAUUUACAUCAAACUGUGACCUUAGUUGUCAGCGGGGCCACGAACGCCCUCCAUCCUGCUCAAAGAGAAGCUCAAGUGGCUUCCAGUGGAUCUCAGGCAUCAGUGGAGUGAAAAGUCAAGAACAUGGGAUUGAAGGCCAGACUUUAGAAGCUUUUACACAGCUGCAAAGUGAGUUGGACCGCAGAUCAUGGAAGCUGGAAAACAUCAUCUUGGUUCACCUUUAUGUGAAGAACAUGGAAGACUUUGCUCUUCUUAAUGCGGUCUACAAGAAGCACUUUUAUACAAAUCCCCCAGCCAGGGUUUGUGUCCAGGCCGAUCUGUCGACUGGUCAGCUGCUGCAGAUGGACUGUCUGCUUCAUGACUGGACUGAACCCCCGGAGGAAGGCUGCUUCCACCAGAAAGAAGCCCUGCAUGUCCAGAGCCUGUCCCACUGGGCCCCUGCUAACAUAGGGCCGUACAGCCAGGCCCUCAGGAUAGAUGAGGUGGUGUUCUGUGCUGGUCAGAUUGCUUUGGUUCCCUGCACCAUGAAUUUGGUAAAAGCUGACAUCUUUACACAAACCCAAAUGUCCUUCAGCCACAUGAAGAAGGUUCUGGAAGCUGUGACUGACAGCUUGACUCUGGCUCAUGCGGUCCAGGCUCACUGCUACACUACAAGAUACCAAAACAUCCCAAAGAUCAGAGAUGUCUGGAACAAGAUGCUGAAGACUUCUGUCGAAGAAAAGGACUUGUUGUGGGAUUCUGAGAUCAAACUUGUACCAUUAUUGAUUGUAGUGGUACCCGCCUUACCCAGGAAUGCAGCCGUUGAGCUUCACGUAACUGCAGCUAAGGAUGAGCCCUCCAAAAGAACUUUCCAUCGGAUCACUACGGAGGUUUCAUGUGGAUCUAUAGAGUGUCAAGCUGUGAUGUCUGCUAAUCGCAGUUGUGGUUCCUUGUCGGUUGCUCUGGACGUUCAAGGUGAAAACCUGAAGAUCAUGGAUGUGAGAUGUGUUACAGAAGAAGUUGGCACUUCUUUCACGAAAGCGUUGAAGAUGGUGGAUGCUGCACUGGUGCCCCAGUGUGCAAGAGUGUUCUACAAGAGCAGCUGCUCUCUGGGACACCAAAUUGUUCAAGGUCUUGAAGACAUUUUCAGAUGCUCUUUGGCCGGGUCCAGUCCCUCCGUGGCUCUGGUCCCAGUCCUGGACCUGCCCGACUCCCAGGUCCUCCACUUGUCCUGCUGGCUCAGUUUAUAGUAACACAUCACUUUACUGCUUUGUCCGGGCUUUCUGGGGAAAGAACAAAACUAACAAAAGAACGUAGGUGAAUAUGGGAAUCUCCCCAUCGGUGCUGACUGCUUUAGUAAAAUUUUAUGUGCCCACCCCACGUCAGAACCCAGAACUAUGGGAUCUGAGUUUAAGACUUCAGCAGCUGUUCAUUUACCUCAAACAGGAGUCUGAUGAUCCUUCUCCAUCUAACAGUUACAUACCAGAGGACUGGAGAGCACGGCCCACAAAGCGGUGUUUCAUUUCAGGAGGUGAUAAGCUCUAUCCCCUGAUAUCUCACCGGUUCUGGUGGAAUUUCUCUGAGCUUGCUAGCUGACAGCCUCUCAUAAAGGCCCUGCCCGGCACCACCUCUGACACCAUCUGUUCAGUUGUAAACCCACAGAUUUACUGUGUGACCGCGUUUCGAGGCUGUGUGUAAUGUGUUUGGAUGAGGUGAGUGAGUUUCUCUCUCAUGCUCCGUGGGGCAAUAGAUGUGUUAUUAUUGUGUAAUGGGCAAUCAGCACCGAGCACCUGAAAAGAUUAAGCCUCUUUAUGUUUUCUAUUGAUUCUUAGGCAGCCUGGUUAAUAGAAGGACACAAGCACACAAGUGUUUGUUGUGAGUGUUUGUGUUGCAAGUGUGUGUUUUGGUCAGAAGUGUGUGUGUGUUGUAGGGGAUGUCAGUGGACAGAGUGUGGCGAUACUAAAAGAAAAUAACACCAUUAACCAUCACUUCUGGAACAUUUGUUUUCUCAGAGAUCAUGAACCAUAUUGAUAAUCUAAGUGUGAAUGCAUCUUCACCCCGGCUUUUCUCUCCGGCGUGCUCGCCGAGUGGAGUGGGUUAUUGAUCUUCACUCGCGAUGAUGUUCUGAUUGUUGUCAUCAAAAAUUGAACAAUGGAGGCAGCCGAUAGAGCCUUAAGACUUGUAUUGAGUGUUGAAACACACAAACAAGCAAUUAUUUAUAAGUGUGAGCGUCCGAUUCUGUAUAAACAUACAGCGUGUGUUCAUGUUUGGAUGAUUCAAACACAACCCGCUAGAAAUGAAUCCUGAACUAUUAAUUGAUGUUGCUUUAAUGCCAUUAGACAAAUGUUGGUGCUUUAAUUGUGUCUUUACUUGUCAGUAAAAAUCUGUAAACCUAAAUAGGAGUUAGUCCAUGUUUAAUCUGUUUGUAGCUUGUAAAUACCAAUGUACUUCCUUCUGAAGGGAUAAAGUUUGGGGUAUUUUAUUUUGACACUUUAUUUUUCAAUAAACUAACAAAACCAGAACAAAAUAAUAUUUCUCUUUAUUGACUCUUGCAUCAGUGAAGCUGUUUUUGUUUACGGAUCAACAACAGAAGCUGUGAAGGAAUUUUCUCGUUCCAAACUUUUCACAACUCUCAGAGGGUCACCACACCACCAGGAUUCUCCUCGCCGCUUUUCCAUCAAACUCUAAACAUGAUAUUUUGUCUUUCAGCAGGCGUGUUUUCAUACACACUCUGGCAAAACCACAAGUAUACCCUCACAACCUCAUCCCAACCAGUGUGAUGGCCAAUGGCGGACACAUUUCUUCGUGUCCUCACCACUGUGCCGCCUCUCUAAAUGAAUAAAGACAGGGUGACAUUUAGCUUUUUUUAUGUGUGUGUUUUGUCAAAUGUACAUUUUUCUACCAAGCUGACCUGCAACCACUCUGCAACGAAAUAGGCUGCUGUGGCUAAUGUUGUCCUUUGUGUGGAGUGUAUCAGCCUGCGGCGCUUGUCAUUGUGGCCUUGCACAUGGACUUUAACUGUGUUUCUUCCUCCAGGCAAGCCCUGCAAAUGUGUGUGUGACUAUUUUUCCCCCCACAGGAGCAGCCUGGCUCGGGAGUAGCCUCUGCACGAACGCCUCCUCACAUCGUGGUCCGCUUGCCUCAGUGACUGCGGUUUUGUUUGUUUUCAUGUUGGAAUCCUUUUUGUUUCAUAAUGUAUUGUUUUCUUCCUCCCCGAUGGGCUGUGAACGCAGGUCUUUAUGGUCGCUGCAAUGACUUAAACUUUCUGCUGAAUGUACGUCUCCAUGUGCUGUUUGGUGGUGUCUGCUCCCCUCCUGUGGUCACUUGUGGUACUGCAGUUUUCACAAGCAAGAACUUUCUGUCCCUCUUGUUCUCAGAAUACCUAAAGCUGGCUUAUUUAAUACAUCAUUGCUUGAUAAUUAUAUAAUUACUGUAUGAUAAAGUUGACUAAUACAUUAUUUUUUAUUUCAAAGUGCUUAAAUAUUACUCUCUUUUAAGGCAUGUUAAAAUGAUAGUUUACCAUUUCAGCAGUAUGCCUUCCAUCUUCCAGGGAAGUUAUCUGAUCCAGACACAUGUUCUGCAGGAUUGAUGCAGAAUGCUGAUGUGAGGGAACAGACUCUUCCAACUGUUAGUAAAUCCCCUGCUAAUGCUGUUUGAUAUGUCUGUAAUCAAUGGUCAACGUGCCAGAUUAUUUCUGCCAGCCUGCAUUGUUGAAAAAGUUUAAAUCAUCGUUAGUUCUUUCAUGAGGCAUUAAUGCACAGCAUGAAUCAAAGUAAUCCAUGUUUGUUUUAGGAAAUAUUUCAUCUUAUUUUUCUUUAUUUAACACGUAUUUAACAAUUUAACAUAAUUGCAAAACAAUAUUUAAAAUAAUGCCUUCACAUUUGUUUGACAAGUUAGAAUAGUUCUUUUUAAAAUUAAUUUAAACACUUCUCAUGUGUAGAAACUGAUUAUCCAAAAGAAUAAAUCCUUUUGUGGGAAAUUUAUUCUUUUUUUUUAUUUCAGUCAUUUUUGGAUGAAAUGUGAUUGUUUUUGAAAAACAAUAAUAAUAAAGGCUGGAACUAAACUCUGGUUCUGUUAAACCAUGAGUAUCCCUCCUUGUCUCAAUGAAGCUGGAAAAAAAAUCCUAAUGUUUUGUUUUUUGUCCUGUGAAUAAUAAUUUUAAGGAGGAGGAGGAGAAUAGACAACUGCACUUAUAAAGUUACAAUGGCUAGUAGAAACACUUCCUGUUAAUUCUUUCAAAAUUAAAUGCUACAGUGUUUUGGUUUUAGAACGAGGUUUCAAUCUAGAAGUAGUUUUCUCCAUUCAGCUGAAAACACGAUUCAGAUUAUAUUUAUGUGACGGAGUUUAAAACAAUGGUUGUGUGCAGUGGCAUACUGGCCACCAGGAGCUCUGAGAUGCGAACGUUUUAGGUAUUAUUUAGGACAUCUGGAUGGAAAACAGGAUAACUUGAUCCUCUGGCUUAAUAUAAAAUAAAUGUAUUUAAGUAUAAAAUGUCAUCAGCAUAUGUUUAUAGUUUAGUCAUUAGUUCAAAGGCCAAUAAAUGUCCAGCUGAAUCUAAUUAACACACUCAGACAAUGCAUGUUUUUGUUUAACUUUAAAGGUCAAUAUUUUUGUUUAAACUGGAAAUUUUGUGUUUUGAUUUCGCAGUGAAUGCAUAAACUACUCCAAAAAAUAAAAACAAAAUACAACAAAAGUCAUCAGUACAGAAUAGAAAUGCAAUUCAUGUUUGCUGUUU